UCUUAUCACAGUCUCUAUUGCCCCGUAAGCUCCGUCUGCUCUCUCCCUGGUUCACGUAUUUCACUCGACCCCUGCCCCCUCCCCAUCUGUGCUACUCGAGGCGUUAUUCACCCUUCUCUGCGUCUGAGUGAUAUCCUCAUUCAGCUCCUUGAGUCACUGCUGCACGAUGACUCUGGCAUCACAGAUCUGCAUCUGGCCAACCAACGUCAAUCAGUGCUCGGAGUCAAAGUAGAACAGGCUCUAACACGUCUGGUUCUCGAAAAUCCGCGGCUAAUUCGACUUGGCAUGGAUUUUGAUACGGCACAUGCCAGAGUCCAAGUUCGCGAGCACCUUAAGCAAAACAUGGACCGUGCCACUCGUUUAUCGAGGAAGCAAUAG